AUGUCUGUUUUUCUAUUAUACUAUCGCUUUCUCUUCAUAUCUAUCUAUCUAUCCUCAUUUUGUUCAUAUCUAUCUAUCUAUCUAUCCUCAUUUUGUUCAUAUCUAUCUAUCUAUCUAUCUAUCUAUCUAUCUAUCUAUCUAUCUGUACAUCCAUCUAUCUCAGAUCUAUCUAUCUAUCUAUCUAUCUAUCUAUCUAUCUAUCUAUCUAUCUAUCUAUCUAUCCUCAUUUUGUUCAUAUCUAUCUAUCUAUCUAUCUAUCUAUCUAUCUAUCUAUCUAUCUAUCCUCAUUUUGUCCAUAUCUAUCUAUCUAUCUAUCUAUCUAUCUAUCUAUCUAUCUAUCUAUCUAUCUAUCCUCAUUUUGUUCAUAUCUAUCUAUCUAUCUAUCUAUCUAUCUAUCUAUCUAUCUAUCUAUAUCUAUCUAUCUAUGUAUCUAUCCUCAUUUUAAUUUCUAUUCAUUGCCUUUUGAAUCUAUCUAUCUAUCUAUCUAUUCAUCUAUCUAUCUAUCUAUCUAUCUAUCAGAUCGUUUCUUUGUCUGCCUGUCACAGUCUUUGCCCAAAAAUGCAGAACUCUGUUGAUCUGUCUGAAUUUGCACGCGAUAUUUUUCCAUAUACAUUUUCUUUUCUGUACCUAAUGAAUCUUUCUCUCUCUCUCUCUCUCUCUCUCUCUCUCUCUCUCUCUCUCUUUCGUCGAAUAAAUGCUCGAUUCUCCAUUAAUCUACUGACUGUUAUGAACGAAACUCUAUGUAGGCAUAUAUGCAAAGAUUUAAACAUGAAUCUAUCUAUCUAUCUAUCUAUCUAUCUAUCUAUCUAUCUAUCUAUCUAUCUCAGUUUAUUCCUAUCUAUAUAUACUUUCCGUACGCUUGUCUAUCCUUUAUCAGUGAGGCAAAUGUAA